AUGUCAUCAGCUCUAAGUCCUGGCCCCAAUAAGUUGGCUGCGAACUACUCGCAAUUAAACGAGUAUCAAAUGAUAAUGGGCAAGGAUUUCUUUUCAAGUUUAAAUAAAGAACAUGGCGGUUGCUUGAGAGUUCUAGACAUGGGCUGUGGUACUGGUGAAUUGACAGCCUUUAUUGCCGACACGGUAGGCGAUAACAGCGACGUCGUUGGAGUUGAUCCUAUCUCGGACAGAAUAAAUAUCGCCUUUAAUAAAAAUUAUCGUGAAAAUCUUACUUUUAUACACGGCGACAGUUCGAGUCGAUUCCCUCAUUAUAACGAAGCCUAUUAUGAUUUGCACUUCAGUAAUUUGGUGAUCCAAUGGCUAAAUUCUCGAGAGAAAGAAAUAUUUAUUAAUACCGCGUUCAGAAUUCUCAAGGCUGGAGGAAGAUUAGCCGUUCAUUCGCUCGAGGAACAGAGCGAGAUUUUAGCCACGGCGCUGGACCUACUUUUGAACGAUGGAAUCACGAAGAGCAAGCAGCCCGUAGCAGAAUAUUUUGUGAACAGGGCAGAGUUCGAAAAGAUGUUAAAACGGGCCGGUUUUGACAUAAUUUCCAGCGAAAACAAGCCGGCUAGUUAUAAGUUUGAGAAUUUGGAUCAUUUUUUGAACUGGAUACGCGCGACGUAUUAUAUUUCUGAAAGUAAAUUGUGCGGAAGAAAAAUGGAGGAAUUUCUGCAAAAGUUUGCCAACCACGAUGGCACGGUCACUAUUUCCGAACCCUCAGUCUAUCAAAUCAUUGCUAUGAAACCUCAAUAA